AGCCUCGUGCCCGCCGCCCGUCCCCGCCGCCAGCAGCCUUGUCCCCGCCGCCGCCGCCGCCGCCGCCGCCCCCGGGGCAUGGCCUGUCUGAUGGCCACUUUCUCGGUCGGCACCGCCAUGAACGGCUCUUCAGGGAUGACCGAGCCCAAGUCAGUGUGCGUCUCCGUGGAUGAGGUAGUCUUCGGCAACAGGGACGCCAUGGAGAAGGAGCUGCUGAACGGACAUCUGAAGAAAGAGGACAACAAUCUCACAGAAGCCCAGCGCCUCUCCUCCCUGCCUCGGAGAGCGGCAGUGAACAUUGAGUUCAAGGAUCUCUCCUACUCUGUCCCAGAAGGCCCCUGGUGGAGGAAGAGAGGAUACAAGACACUUUUGAAAGGCAUUUCUGGAAAGUUCAACAGUGGAGAGCUGGUGGCCAUCAUGGGUCCUUCUGGGGCUGGAAAGUCCACACUCAUGAACAUCCUGGCUGGAUACAGGGAGACCGGCAUGAAGGGUGAGGUCCUCAUCAACGGGCUCCCCCGGGACCUGCGCUGCUUCCGGAAGGUGUCCUGUUACAUCAUGCAGGACGACCUGCUGCUGCCGCACCUGACCGUGCAGGAGGCCAUGAUGGUAUCCGCACACCUCAAACUCCAGGAGAAGGACGAAGGAAGAAGGGAGAUGGUCAAGGAGAUCCUGACGGCCCUGGGCCUGCUGUCUUGUGCCAACACGCGGACCGGCAGCCUCUCAGGUGGCCAGCGGAAGCGACUGGCCAUCGCGCUGGAGCUGGUGAACAACCCUCCGGUCAUGUUCUUCGAUGAGCCCACCAGUGGCCUGGACAGCGCCUCCUGCUUCCAGGUUGUCUCCCUGAUGAAGGGGUUGGCCCAGGGUGGCCGGUCCAUCAUCUGCACCAUCCACCAACCCAGUGCCAAGCUCUUUGAGCUGUUUGACCAGCUUUAUGUCCUCAGUCAAGGACAGUGUGUGUACCGAGGGAAAGUCUCAAACCUUGUACCGUAUUUGAGGGACUUAGGUCUGAAUUGCCCAACCUACCACAACCCGGCCGAUUUCGUCAUGGAAGUCGCGUCCGGCGAGUACGGUGACCAGAACGGCCGCCUGGUGAGAGCGGUCUGGGAAGGCAAGUGCGACUCUGACUGCAGGAGACAGCCUGGGGGCGAUGCCGAGGUGAAUCCUUUUAUUUGGCACCGGCCCUCUGAAGAGGUAAAGCAGACAAAACGAUGGAAGGGGUGGAGAAAGGACUCCACUUCCAUGGAAGGCUGCCACAGCUUCUCUGCCAGCUGCCUCACCCAGUUCUGCAUCCUCUUCAAAAGGACUUUCCUCAGCAUCAUGAGGGACUCGGUCCUCACGCACCUGCGGAUCACGUCCCACAUCGGCAUCGGCCUCCUCAUUGGCCUGCUCUACCUGGGGAUUGGGAACGAAGCCAAGAAGGUCCUGAGCAACUCUGGCUUCCUCUUCUUCUCCAUGCUCUUCCUCAUGUUCGCGGCCCUCAUGCCCACCGUCCUCACAUUUCCUCUGGAGAUGAGCGUGUUUCUCCGAGAACACCUGAAUUACUGGUACAGCCUGAAGGCCUACUACCUGGCCAAGACCAUGGCGGAUGUGCCCUUUCAGAUCAUGUUCCCCGUGGCCUACUGCAGCAUCGUGUACUGGAUGACGUCCCAGCCGUCUGACGCUGUGCGCUUCGUCCUGUUCGCGGCUCUGGGCACCAUGACCUCACUGGUGGCGCAGUCCCUGGGCCUACUGAUCGGAGCCGCGUCCACGUCACUGCAGGUGGCGACCUUCGUGGGACCCGUCACGGCCAUCCCCGUGCUCCUCUUCUCAGGGUUCUUUGUCAGCUUUGACACGAUCCCCACCUACUUGCAGUGGAUGUCCUACGUCUCUUACGUCAGGUAUGGGUUUGAGGGGGUCAUCCUCUCCAUCUACGGCCUUGACCGGGAGGACCUGCACUGUAACACCAACGAGACUUGCCACUUCCAGAAGUCAGAGGCUAUCCUGCGAGAGCUGGAUGUGGAGAACGCCAAGCUCUACUUGGACUUCAUUGUCCUGGGGAUUUUCUUCAUCUCCCUGCGUCUCAUCGCCUACCUCGUGCUGAGAUACAAAAUACGGGCCGAGAGGUAAAGCACUGGGAAGCCAGAGAGAGGAACGCUGGACACCGUGGCCACAGGCCACUUCCAGAACCCUUGCAGGCUCAAGGACACAUACCCGCUUGUGGACCCUGGGGACUACGUCGGGUUGUCAGGCAGCCAACCAGUGCUGGACUUCACCGCCCCACUGAGUUGGGUCUUUUCUCCAUUACCCUUUCUAGCUGUAACUAGGAAGAAGAUGUAGAAUGGUCUUUCUUUUUCACAUGCAGGAAUUUUUAAAAUACAACCUCUGAGGCAGAAUUUAAAACUGCCACAAAGUGGGUGACAAGAGGCUUCCCGGGCAGAAUUCUUCCUUCUGACCGGGGAGCUCUAAUUCUGCACGAGGAAUGUGGGUGGUUUCCUGGGGCCCCUGGGCAGUCAGAUGUCCAGGGGUGGAAAGGCGAAGCCAAGAGGGACUCCAUCCUGUGACUGAUAUUUUCGUAGUUUCAUCUUUCUACAAUCUGUCUCUUUUUCCAACGAGAAGUCGUUUUCCAAGUCAAAAGUCGAUCAAUUUCAUUCAUUUCCAGAAGCUGUACCUUUUUAGUACUUGGUGAAGAAAAUUAUUCAGGGUAAACGUACUUCGUGGAGAGACAUGAGGGGUUUGGCUUGAUCGCUGAGCUGGUCUCAUUUGCAGACAGAACCUGGGAAAGACACAGGUGCUGGUUGCAGGUUGGAGGAAAACCUUGGAAUCAACCGUGUGCGCCAAGCCAUGCAGGAACUUUUUAAAGUUGUAUAGAAAGUUGUAAGGCGAAUUUGGCUAUCUCUUUCAAAAUCUUUUAUUUCCCCCACACUUCUUAUUUUCACUUAAGCAAAGUAUGUUGGUUUUCUUUUUUCCCUAACUUUCUGAGCACCUUAAUUUUGCCCCCAAAUUCUAGGAGCUCAAUCCUGCUGAUUUUUUACAAACAUUUUCUCUUCCCUAACAUAUCCCAUCAACUACCUCCACUGAACCUGGGGACGCUGGGCUUAGAGAAACCCAGGUGUGAAUGUGCAGGAUCUGCAGGUGUAGCCCAUGAAAGAUGUACUAAGUGCACAGGCGGGGAGAUGCUGAGAUUUCCUGAGGACCCAAAGCCUUUGUAAGAAACCAGCAAAAGCUUAGUGUGGCCAAGACUCUGGAGCUCCAUCAAAGUGUGCACUGAGAGCCGUGGGAGAUGCUGUUUCCCACAUCUGGUUUCCAUGGCAACUCAGCCAUCAUCUUCUCAGUCUUUCUGGACUGGAAACGUCUUUCCAAUGACGCCAUCACAGAAGCAAAAUCCCUCUAGGACAAGAGUCAUGGGCACUUCUGCAGGGUAAAUGGCCUUUGAAUUCCUGGCAGGAGCCUGGGUGCUUGUUGGAAUUAGUGUGGCCACAGGGUAGAAGAGGGCUCAGGCCAAAGAAGCUUCCUGAAGGAAACAGAACUGUUUUCCCCUUCUAGAAUGCUGUGAACCUGAAAUCAGGGUCUCUGAGUGAAUCUGCUUUUUAUUGUAGGGAAGUUUGAUAAAACCCCUUACUGCAAUGGCCUGAAAUAACAUCCGGGCUUCCCAAAGUGGCUCAGUAGUAAAUAAUCCGUCUGCCAAGCAGGAGAUGCAGGUUCAAUCCCAGGGUUGGGAAGAUACCCUGGAGAAGGAAAUGGCAACCCACUCCAGUAUUCUUACCUGGAGAAUCCCAUGAACAGAGAGCCUGGCAGGCUAUAUAGUCCAUGAGGUUGCAAAGAGUCAACAUGACUGAGCAACUAAGCAACACCAAAAGAUAACAUCCAAGUAACUUGUUGAUUUUAUUUUUCUAAAUGGGUUUAGUUAAGAGGUGGGGGGAGGGGUGACGUGCUAUCUUUCACACAUUGAAAUUUAAACCUGGCCCACUUGCCAAGUCUAAUUCUUUUAAGUAAUUUCUGAAUGUAAUGACUUGGAUCUUCCUUCGUCAGUGAUUUCAUUUCUUCGUUUAGAAGGAAGGAGGAAGCUCUGGGUGAAUGAUGUGCUGCCUUUCUGGUUGUUAGUCUAGGUGAGAAUGUAAGUCCAGAGAAUCUCUGAUCCAUGGGGUUGAGGAGAGGAAGGGGCUCCACUGUGUUCUAACCCCCGUGGCUCCUCAGAAGCGUCAGGGCCUGGCUCUGCUGACCAGCCCAUCUUGGGAGCCUUCCACCUGUCUGCAGUACCUCAGACCUCCCUUUCCACCUACUCUUGCUGAGCAUCAGCUUGAGAAUUAAAUGCUUCCAGAGCUUCGUAUGGGUGACGUGGGGAGGAAAGACACCAGGUAAACAUUUUACACAGAAGAUGCUGGAAUCUGAUUAUGUCACCUUGGGAGAGGGCCCUUCAGGACCAAGAAACAGGACUUAAGCUUUUAGGUAAAAACUCAUCCUGGAGACCCACAGAAAGGUCAUUUUCCCACCUGAGAAAGGUCAGGGGCAAGCUAGUGCGUGAGGUAGAAAGGCCUCCGGUGGGUUCACGGCUGAACAUCCCCCCCGUGCACCUAGCAUCCCUUGUUGCUCACUGGGCGGCCCAGCUGUGUGCCUAACCACCUCCUCUGCUCAGGUCCUCACUCGGCCAGUGUAUGUGGACUCCCCUUCACCGCCCCGCACGCUUGGUGCGGCUGGAGCACCGAGGCUGGGGAGGCUCAGUGAGGCCCCGGGCCCGAGCGCCGGUAGAGAGCCAGGUCUGGCCCCAAAUGCUGUAUUACUUUUGCUUUGCUCUCUUGCCUCCUGUUCCCAGUGUGUGAAUGUACUCGAAAGUGCUUUUCAAGGUGUAAAGUGCGAUACGAGGAUAGUUCUGGACUUGCUGUCACCAUGCGGACCACUGGGAUGGGGGCAGCUUGCUCCUGUCUCCUCAGUUGCCUUUUGUAGGGGGGUCCCGAGCUGGACUAGGGACCCAGCUUCUCACCCCCACUCCACCCACGCACCCACCCUGUCUCAGCGGGGAGGUGCCUUCCUCUGCCCGUGCCUGGCCUUAGCUUCCUAACGCAGCCUGCCUGUGGGCUGGCUGGGGUCCGAGAGGGUCCAGUGUGUGUGUGCCUACGGGUGUGCGCACACACGCGCAGGGGCACGCGCCAGCUCGCUCCGGGUGUGUAUCUCAUAGUAUUAUCUGUGGUGUCUCUGUCAAUCUUUAGUCGUCCUUUACUCCAAGAAGGAAAGAGAAAAUUCCCCGACUUCAUGCCUGCCGAGCAGAUGGUGAAGCGUAGUCAGAACCCACCCGGUCUUUCAGCAAAUGCCGGCUUGAUCAGCGUGUGACAGAAAGCAAACCCAAACGACCCAGCUGGGUGGAGGGAGGUGCAGUGUGUAUGGCCAUCAAGUUAGAGGCUCUGAAGAAAUAAGACCGCUAAUAAAAUAUUUUAUAACUUUUUACUUGUGUUCAGUGUUAAAUGCUUCAGACUCAAAAUACCGGGCUUGGAUCUGACUCGGUAAAGAGGAGGGGUCUUUGUCUGUAUUUGGAAUUAUCCUUGCUGACGUCCAGCAGAGGUUCUGGUUCGUUCCUCAGUGUUCUGUUCUAACGCCUGAUUGUAAAUAGUCUCCUUUAUCUCAGUAACUUUCGUGUUUCAUGGUGAACUGUCUUAAAGCUCUGUUUCUCUCCUCUGUGUUCCAGCCUCCUCACCCAUCCCUCCCCCCCGUUUCUAAAGCCAGGGCUUUAGAAAGUGCCUACCGCCCAGAUUCACAGGGACCACGUGUACCUCCCUUGCGAUGGUCCCAGGGGACAGGGACCACGGGAGCUGGUGUAGGCUGUUGCUCAGCUCCCUGGUUUCAGUCGGUAAAUACACCCAGAGCCUCACUUUCCAGGGAAGCGUGUUUAGGGCUCGUUGUCAUCAUGGGCUUGCCUCUCUCCUUGGGGACACAGAGGAUGGAGCCAGGCAAGUCCCAGGAUGGAUGGCCCCUGCAUUCCUGCUGAGUGACCGGUGAGCGUGUGCGGACACUGGAGAGCUCCCUGCUCUGCACCCCCACUGCCCUGAGGAUCCCACCCUUCUUUGCAGCUUCCGUUAAGGUCUGGUCCUUCCGGUCCCUGCACUUGACCUCCUGCCUCAGGGAAAUGCCCCAGAGACAAUCGCCUUCUGAAAAAACAGGUGUUUCUGAUGUCCCUGUUGGGGGUCCCCUGGGACCAGAAAUGGGGGAGCCCCACACCCUCCCUGGGGAGUCCACUUUUCUCACCUUCAGACUCCAUUCAGCCUGGGCUGAAAAUCCCGCUUUCUGGGCAGGAAGUCUGCAUGAAGUUGAAGCAUUCAGGCAUGUCCUUCUGAGGCUCAGCCCAGGUUUUCUGACAGCUGUCACAUAUCCUCCCCCACUUCUUCUUCCCAUCUUUGAGGAAAUGAGGGUUUAGCAUUAGCUUCAUUUUUGUUAUCUCUGAAUGCAUCAAGCUGGAGUCAGUCCUCAAACAGGCAUUCCGUGGCCUGUAACAGUGGCCAAGGAAGCCAGGUUUCUACAGAUGACUCAAGUGAAUGCAAGACAGACUUAGAGCCCCUGACACCUCCCUGUUCUUAAAACAGUCCCUUAACAUCAAAGGAGAAAGUGCCCCAAGUACACCGGCUACCACCUUCCAGCCAGCUAAGUGGUCAUCAUGGGAGGGGCACAGCCUCAGGGCUUUUCCACGAUAUAAAGCUGCAGAGAAAGGACAGAAGCACAAAAGUGUGUCCUCGUCUGCUCACAGGCCGGACAGAGCCUGCCAACCAGGUCUGGGCCCCACUUUGGGAGGGAAGAUGGGCUGUGAAUAUACUGUGGGAGGGCCAGACCCACCCAGUCCGCUCCCCGUUCCCAGGGAGACACUCUCAAACCGAGGAUGGGGCCACAAAUACAUGUGAAUUUCUCCCUGGGGCUCGUGGUUUUAACCAAAUGUUGGAAAUAGCCCGAGCCCAAGCCACACAAGUGGAAAAGAGCAAAGCAGAAAACAGCAACGGUCAGCCACAAUUCUCUCUCCACGGCCCACGCCCUCUGCUUGGGGUGUCUAUAUAAACGUGAGUGAGAACCCUGUUGGUCACCCGUGGGUGCCUUCGGAGUGUACCUGGCGCAUGCAUUUAACUGUGGUCCUGAUUCUGUGUACAGUUAAAUGGUACUUCCUAUGUUCACUGAUGCUAGGACAUCUGGUCCUGGGGAACUUGGAAGCCACCUGCUGGUACCUCUGCAGGAUGGAGAUCAUCCCUCACCUGCAGCAGGGCCAAGGUGAGCUGGGGCAGAGAUGCUGAGGCAUGGCCAGGCGGUGAGGUGUGACAGUCCCUGACCUGCUUGGGGGCCACUUCUCAAGCCCCCCAGGGCGUCUCCUUGAAGGAGUGUUCAGGAAGUCUUGCUUUCAUUUCACCUGCCAUGAGGCAGUGGUCCAGUCAGCACGGCCCUGAAUCAGCACUGUGGAGCUUCCAAGAAAACAGUGUUUGCCAAGCAGGUCUCUGCUGGGGCGGAGGAAACAGCAGGCUCACUCAUUCCAAGGGGAGAAGUUACCAAACUCACCUGCCCUCUUGGGGAUCUCAGAACAUGCCCUCUCGAGCUGGAUGGAAUGGAUCAGGUCUCGAAGGGAUGGGCUAAGAGUCAUGGGCACCUGGGUCAAGGUUGAGAGCCCUACAUUCAUGGGUUCCUGGACAUCCCAGGUGCAACCUAGUCUGAAAGUCACCACAGUUGGUUUCAUUGAGAGUAUUCCAGUGGCUAUGGCAGACACUUUGUUUUUAUAUCUACUUUUUCCCCCCCACAAUUCUGACAUCAUGGACUUAGGGGACUCUUUUCCAUGACCUUGGGAACACAGGCUGCCCAAGAUUCAUCACAAAUAUCUCAUUCCAAGUCCUUGGCCGGUGAAAAAUGAUAGCAAAAGGUUCUAUCAUCCAAAUUGAUAAUGAUAUGAACCACUCACCCCACACUAGAAGUUUUCUGUCUCUCUCAUCAAAUGCUCCCUGGGAGGGGCAUGACUGGAGGUGGGUUUCUCUGUAGAACGUGUAUGUUUAAAAAAUUAGCUCAUGUAGCUGACCCUCUUCCCCAAGAUUUUUUUUCUUUGCGGACAGAGUGGUUUAAUACGUGCUCAGAGCUGAAUCUGAACUGCUGCCUUUUACUCGAGGAGUAGCUACUUUAUGUUUUUUCCUUUGUUCUUCCUUCCAAAGCAAGAGUCAAUGCAAAUAACACUUUUAAUCAUGGUGUAAAGAUGUGCAUAUAUCUGUAUAUCUAACAUGUAAUUAUGUAAUCUCCAGUUUUUAUAAUGCUGUGUGGAUAACCUUGCCUUGACGUAGCCACGUAGCUUUAGGAAAUCCUGGCAGAGGCGUGCACUCUUGUAGAUGAGAACGAUAUCUAUACAUACGUGUAUAUAAAUAUAUUUUAAAGUGACAGUGGCUCCCUUGGGUACCUGACUCCUUGGCUGUUUCCCUCUGUUGGAACAGGGACCCGAGCAGACCCUAGGGUGUGAGCUUUCUAACUCAACCUUAUAGACCCUGGGCCUGCUUUGUAUAUCUCUGUAGAAUUAUCUCCUUAGAUGAUUUGUAUGUGCAUUUUUUGCAGACUUAAUCUUUGUUUUCUGAAAUUAGAUGCCAUUUAUGAAAAUGUGAUAUAAAUCAAAAUAAACCAUUGUUAUUUUCAGAU